AUGGAGGAGGAUGCGAAGGCAUUUGUCUGCAAGUGCGACAAAUGUCAGCAGAAUGCCCAAAUGCUACACCAAUCGUGUGAGGAGCUGCAUCCGAUGAUUUCCCCUUGGCCAUUCAUGAAAAGGGGGAUGAAGAUAGUCAGACCAUUACCAGUAGGACCUGGGCUAGUGCGGUUCGUACUGAUGGUAACUGACUAUUUUUCCAAGUGGGUCGAGGCUGCUGCAUACCAGAAGGUCCGAGAGAAGGAGGAGAUAACUUGUGAUAAUAGCCCAGAGUUCAUAUGGUCCAAGGUCACUAAGUUCCUCAAGGAUUUGAACAUCAAACGCAUAAACUCUUCUCCGUAUCACCCUAAUGGUAAUGGCCAAGUGGAAUCAACAAACAAAACUGUCAUUCAAAAUUUGAAGAAGAAAUUGGAGAACGCUAAAGGAGCUUGGCCGUCAAAGUUAUCGGAGGUGCUGUGGGCUUAUAGAACCACGAUGAAGUCUAGCACCAGAGAAACUCCAUUCUCCCAAGUAUAUGGGGUGGAAGCGUUAAUCCCGGUAGAAGUUGGUGCUCCAAGUUCAAGGUGCGUUCGGCCACAAGAGCAACCUAAUACGGAGGCGAUGCUGAUGCAGUUGGAUUUACUAGAAGAACACAGAGAUCUUACGUAUGUUCGGAUGGUCGCCCAAAAGCAGCUGAUGGAAUGUUACUACAACCAUCGAGCUAAUCUUCGACACUUCAAAAUCAGGGACUUGGAGCGUCUCUACCUCAAGGAGCAGUUGGCUUUCUCCGCUGCCAUCAAGUUUUUCGCCGGUAACUUCCCUACUUCAGCUAUGGCAGUGGUGGCGGUGGCAUAG